ACCGCCGUACUGGCACUACUGAGGAGUGUCACUGCAAACCGAGGGGAGUGUGUGUCCGGUGUGUGGUAUCAAGAAGACGUCUAAAACCAUUAUAUUUACUUGACCCUUGAAAUGACCACACUCACUCCGUCACAUUUCGAGGAUAAAAGGAUAAGAUAACGAAGCAGCGGUCUGAAUUUCACGAUUUAAACAAAACAGCUCCGCGCGACUUUUAUCCAUCUCCGUUGUAAUGUUCUCGGUCGGGGAAAUGGCUCGGUCGUAGCCACGGUGUUUCUGUGACUGUCUCGUCUUCAGCCGGUGUGUAUCUGCGUCAGUGACCGUGAUGCGUUUUAACGAGAAGGAGCUGGUGUCUCUGAGCCGCCAGCCUUCAGAGAUGGCAGCUGAACUGGGGAUGCGAGGACCCAAGAAAGGAGACGUUGUAAAGAAGAGGCUGGUGAAACUCGUCGUCAACUUCCUCUUUUAUUUCCGGACUGAUGAAGAGGAGCCAAUCGGAGCGCUGCUGCUGGAGCAGUGCCGGGUGGAGAGAGAAGACAGCCAGAGUUUCUCCAUUGCAUUCCUGGAUGAAGCAGAGAGGAAGUAUUUGUUUGAGUGUGACUCUGAGGAGCAGUGUGGGGAGUGGGUAGACUCCAUUAUCAAGGCCAGCUAUGAGUUCAUGAGGAAGAACCUGAUAUUCUAUCGAACUGAAAUCCACAGGCUCACUGGCAAGGACCCGUUGGAGCAGUAUGGUAUUUCAGAUGAAACUCGCUUCCAGGUCAGCAAUGGGAUGCAGCUUAUGCCUAGAGAUACCUCCUCCCUGUAGACCAGUGUCUCGCCAUUCCAACACUCACUCUACACUGGUUUGAGAUCCAUGGCAUUACCAUUCACACUCCAGACUUUUAGAUUUUUCACUGCUUUGAAUGUAUUUGUGUUGCCCCAGGCUCAUGCAGAUGUUACAGCAGAGUAUCUGAGGCCAGGCCACAAUGAUAACUGGUUAUUUCGGUUUAUAUCGUUAAUAGGUAAACACUGUCUUAUUUUCAUGCGAUUUCAUUUUCAGACCUCUGCCUUAGUUAAAUCAGUUAUGUGUAUAAAAUGUCUUUUAUAUUGUGUUUUCUACUGGACAAGCUGUACAUCUACACCAUGUUAUUCUGAUUGUUCUUUUGCUGUAGAGCUGGAGCUGUGACUUUCUUUCAGGACUAUUUGUAAUAUUAGCAUGACUGUUUUUAACAAGAAUCAAUCCAGGACUAAUGAUAAUCAAGUUAAGUGCACACUGUUGAAGAAGCGCAUAAUUAUUAGAUACCCUGGCCAAUUUAGAAAACCUUGGGCAGUAUUUACUGUCCUUAUUUAAACUGCAUGAGCCCUUUGAUCUGCUCAAAUGAGCCACACAUUUUACUCUAUUUUUGCUUAUGAGAAAGAAGAUUUUUAGCUAUCGCAGUACAUAUUUAUCAGCUAGCUCAUUUUGAAUGUUUAGUUUUAAAAACUAUACAUUUGCACAUAUUACUUUACUGGGUAUGUAGGGUUUUUUAAAUUAGAAUUUCAAUGCUUUACUUGAACCUACUGUACCUUUUUUGUGGCACUUUGAAUCUGAUUCCUUUAGGUAAGCUGUUGGGAGAAGCUAUUGUCAUCUUUUUUGAAAUAUCACACCAGUGUCUUUGUCAGUGCAGUGUAAUAGUGAGUUCAAAUUUUGCUCUUAACGACAUUUCACCAUAGGGUAUUGCUGUAUCCUGCAAACUGGUGGAAUAUUUAUGUCGGCGGUCAGGAGUCUACCCACAAACAGGAUUUGUCUUUGAAUGUGACUCCAGUUUCAAAAUCUUUUGCACAUGUCAUGUUUAAUCUGUUCAUGUAAUUUCAUGUCUAUAUUUGUUUCACUGGCAUCUCUUUCUCUUUUUUUAACUAAUAAAGCCAUUUGAAAGAUAUUGUAAA